AUGGAGCUGCUUUUCAGGCUGCAAUUUUUGUCCGGCGAUAAGUCUGAGAAUGUUCAGGAUCUUCUUCUUUUGGACGUUGCUCCACUCUCGUUGGAAAUUGAAACUGCUGGUGGCGUCAUGACUCCGUUAAUCAAGAGAAACACAACUAUUCCAACCAAGACUUCUCAAACAAUCACUACUUAUUCUGACAACCAGCCUGGUGUUCUUAUUCAGGUCUACGAAGGUGAACGCGCUAUGACAAAGGAUAUCAACUUGUUGGGCAAAUUCUAG